UCGGAGGCCGCAAUGGUUCUGAAACUAGUUGCUAGAAAUCACAGGAGGGAAGAGUUUGCUCUUGUGCUCAGAUCCUGUUUACAGGUUUCUUAUUAAGGCCAUCUGGUUGGCCACCAUGACAAAGAGGUGUGGAGCUAGAUGAGUUAUUGGCCUGAUUCAGCAGGCUUCUUUUAUGUUCUUAACAUAAAAGCAUAAUAGCAAAAACAGUUUCAAACAACUUAAAAUCACAGAAGUAAGGUCGGUCCUAAAAACAUACACCCCAAAUGUCAAGGCCAGGGUAUACAGGUGCGUCAUCAGCAUCCUGUGGAAGCUAUGCAAUGAAGGUUCCAGGCAUACCUCUGUGGGAAGGGAGUUCCCAGCUUAGGGGCCACCACAGAGAAGGUGCCUUCUCUGGGGGUCACCCUCACUGAGUGAAGGAACUGCCAAGAGGGACCCCUCUGCCAAUCUCAGCACCCAAGAGGAUCUGCCAGAAAGGUGAUAGCCUUUCAGGAAUUUGGGUCCUGAGUCGUUCAGUGCUUUAAAGACCAACAUAAGCACCUUGAAUUGGGCCUGGAAAAAACUGACAACCAGUGCAGCUGUUUUAAAACAGGGAUUUUAAAGAGAUUUAAAUGGAGCCCCAGCCAAGAAUCUGACUGCUGUAUUUUGGACCACCUUAAGUUUCUGAGUCAUCUUCAAAGGCAGCCCCCAAUGGAGCAUGUUGCAGUAAUCCAGCCUGAAAGUCACCAGAUCAUGGAAUACACUUCGCCCAAAGGAGACCUUAGUUAGUGAACCAGCUGGGGCUACAAAUGGACAAUUGAAGCAACUUGAGUUGCCAUUGUUGGUGUUGUGUCCAAGAGUACCCCCAAGCUAUAGACCUGUGCAAUCUGCACCUAGUUCAGAGUUUAAGUUAUAGGAAUACAUGGACAUAAGAAGAGCCUGCUUAUUAGGCCAAUGGCCCAUAUAGUUCAGUAUCCAGUUUUCACAGUGGUCAAAUGUCUGUAAUAACCUAGGAAUCUAGGCAGCUACAACAAUGGCUCACCUCUCCAAAAGGAUAUGGGAGAACGUGAUGCUAACAACACAUACCAAGAUGAAGGUCUACCAGGCUUGUAUGCUGAGCAUGCUACUUUGUAGAAGGGCAUCGUGGGCAACUUAAAACUGCCAGGAGUGAUGCCUCAACACCUUCCAUAUGUGCUACGUCAGGAAGAAUUUGGGCAUCACAUGGAAGGACAGAGUUUGAAACAAAUAUGUGCUCUCCCAAGCCCACAUUCCCAGCAUGUUAGCACUCCUGUCUAAACAAUGUCUGUACUUGGUUGGUCAUGUACAUAGAAUGGAAGAUGACAGGAUCCCCAAGGAUGUACUUUAUGGGGAGCUGGCUUCAGGCACCAGGCAUGCUGGCAGACCAACUCUGCAUUAUAAAGAUGUCUUCAAACACGACAUGAAGGCUGACAAAAUUAACCCUGCCUUGUGGGAAUUCCUUGCAGACAACCACAGUACCUGGAGACAGACAGUUGGGUCCUGUAUCCACAGCCAUGACAAGAGGAGAAAUGUCUGCUGGGAAAAGUGCAGAGAGAAAAAAAAUGCCAUGGUGCAUCUGUAACAACAAAACCAGACACCUCCUUCUGCCCCAGCUGCGUUAAAACAUAUCUUCCUGUUGUAUUGGUCUCUACAGCUGCAGCAGGUGCUGAAACUCUCCAGCAGUUUGAUUUUACCCAUGAUGGCACACUCUUCCAUUUUUUCUUGAUAAAGACAGGUGCCAGCAAUUGCCUCUGGGCCUGGCAGUUCCAUAAAUGCGUCAGAAAAACCCUGCUGGAUCAGGCCAAUGGCCCAUCUAGUCCAGCAUCCUAUUUUCUCAGUGGCCUGUGUGAAACCCACAAGCAGGACCUGAGCACAAGAACGCUCUCCCUUUCUGUGGCUUCCAGCAAUUGGUCUUCAGAAGCAUUGCUGUCUCUAACUGUAGAGUGAGUGGCUAGUAGCCAUGGAUAAACUUGUCUCCAUCAAAUCAUUUUGGCACAGCAGGCUGAAGUCAAUCAUUGUUGGCAUCCGUCUGUCUCAAGAGACAAUGGAGUACGCUUUCUGGGAUGAAGCCAAACCACUGGAGAAUCACAGCACCCUCUGUGGCUGCAAAGACUGGUAACUUAUACCUGCUGUCUCCUGCAUUGUUUUUGCUGUGUUAGCAGCACCAUAGUGACCUCUCUGGGGCACAAGCCUGGGCAGAGUGCAUGGAAGUCAUGAGCCACACAGGCGUCAUGAGCUGAUGUGGUUCAAAGGAAAGCAGAGCAAUACAUUUGAUAUCAGCUUGGCUGCAGGAGUUGCUGGAAGGAAGCAUGCAAUGCACCAUCCAACCGUCUUAGGAACUCCACUCCGGAUUUGUGUAGGGUUUACUCCUUAGCCAUUUCUUUUCCUGAUACUGUUCCACAAUACAGUGGGUGGUUACGUUGAUAAUGAACUGGAAUUUUUGAAGGCCUGAUGUUCCUUUGCUAUAAAGCAAGUGAUUCCAGAGCCAUCUUCAGUGCUUUAAUUGGGAUGAUUUACGGUGUUUUCCUUCCACUUACGUCCUCUCACAGUUCCAAAGAGGCUCAAAGCCAAGAAUCAAUUACCCAUUUCUAGUGGGGGAAGGUCCAGGGAGGGAGCAAACAUCCAUCUUUUCUCUCUAAUUGGCACCAGUGUACCUCUAGCAGGAGAGGGCCCCGUGUCCAAUUCAUAAGAGUGGUGCAUUUCAGAGAACUGGAGGGUGGUGAUCUUGGAGAGGGCAAUUUUCCAAUCCCUAAACUGGGCUGAUCUAAGAAGACUCCUUGGUGAAUGCUUUAUAUAGGCUGCUUUGUGUGUUUAUGUAGAUGAAAAAGGAACAAAAUGCCAGUGAUUGAAAUGCUGGAAUACACAGCUAAAGGAUCCCUGACAGGUGGCCAUCCAGCUUCUGUUUAGAAACCUUCAAUGAAUAAUAGAAUCAUGGCAUUGUAUGUUUGGAAAUAAUCACCCAGGGUCAUCUGACCUAACUCCCCUGCAUGCCUGAAGACAUAGAAAGGAUCUGGCAAUCCAGCUGGUAGGGAGGUGAGCAGGGACGGAUGGAAGCAGAUAUUCUUCUGACCCCUUUUUGCACUUACUGUCCUUGGUUCUCCAUUUAAUGAGGAUGGUAGCACUUUUCUCCCUGUCUUGAAGCCAGGUGUGCUUAUGAUUUAUUGUGUCAUUUUAGUAAUUACCCUCCGUUACCCAACUGUGUUGUUAAAAAAAAGAAAAAGUUAAAAAUGCAGGAAUUUUGUUGUAGCAGCAGCUGGGAAUUCUGAGGCAUCUACGAAAAGAUGAAGAAGGGGACAGAAAACAGUUUCAGCCACAGGAGCACCAUAAGUGCUUCAUGCUGCCUUUAUUCUUGGGGCCCAUUCUGUUCAGCAAGGGAAGGGAAUCACAGAGGUUCUUGCAUUGCAGGGAGUUGCGGUAGAUGAACCCCCAGGGACACCUUCCAAGUCUACAGUUCUAUGAAUCUAUUAUUUCCUCUUCUUUCAUAUUAGAAAGGGUAGCAUGAAAAUAAAUGGUUCUGAACCCAAAUUUCUCCUUAGGCACAUUGUGUUCUUCAUUGGGGUGGGUGGGUGACAGGACCUGGGUGGAAACAGGGUGACGUGGAAAGGGUGCAGCUGGAGGGAAGAUGGAUCUGAGAAAGACGUCAGCAUUGCAACCUCCCUUCCCAGAAGCGCUGAUGCAUCUGUCUGCUUCACAGCUGGCCGAGCCAUUGUCUCGCACAUAUGCUGUGCAGAAAACGUUGGCACAGAUAUUUUGCGGGAGAGAGGAUUGCUAGUGAGGCUUGGAGCAUGCGUAAGUGCCUUGAGCGUUGGCUCAUGGGGGGUGGGGAAAGGAAAAGUAGUGACCACCCAUUCACCCACGGUUACGCCAAGACUUGAUUACUGCAAUGCUCUCUAUGUGGAGCUUCCCUUGCACUCAAUCCAGAAGCUGCUGCCAGUGCAGAAUGCUGCAGCACAAUUGCUAACGGGAGCGAGGCCUUGUCAGCAUAUAACACCCCUGCUCAGAGAUCUGCACUGGUUGCUUAUUUGCUACUAGACAACGUUCAAUGCACUAUAAGUGUACAAAUCCUUUAACAACUUGGGGCCAGUUGACCUUAGAGAAGAUGAAUGUUAGAGCAUAGUGCUGAUAGCACCAAGGUUGCAGAUUUGAUGGGGGACAGCUGCAUAUUUCUGCAUUGCAGGGGGUUGGACUAGAUGAUCCUCAGGGUCCCUUCCAACUCGGUGAUUCUAUGACCUGCAAGAUCUCCUUGCCCCACGUGGGCCCACUCAGCCGCUUCAGUCAGCGGAACUGAUACUGUCACAGCAGCCACAUAAUACCCAUUACACAUUCAUAAGGACUUGAUCUUUUAGUGCGGUAGGAACCAAACAUUGGCAUUCCCGACCUCUUGAUAUCAGCCAGACACCCUCACCAUCUUUUUUUCUGUGCCUGCUAAAAACAUUUUUGCUUAGACAAGCCUACCCAGAUCUUUAGAAAUUUGACCCAUUAUAAUCUCUUUUUCAGUCCCCCUUUUUAAAAAAAUUCUUUUGGUCUCUCACAGCUGCAUGAGUACAGUGGUACCUUGGGUUACAUACGCUUCAGGUUACAUACGCUUCAGGUUACAGACUCCGCUAACCCAGAAAUAGUGCUUCAGGUUAAGAACUUUGCUUCAGGAUGAGAACAGAAAUCGUGCUCCGGCGGCGCGGCGGCAGCAGGAGGCCCCAUUAGCUAAAGUGGUGCUUCAGGUUAAGAACAGUUUCAGGUUAAGAACGGACCUGCGGAAUGAAUUAAGUACUUAACCUGAGGUACCACUGUAUAUGAUUCUAUAAUUUGGUGGGCAAAGAGAGAGAGAGAGAGAGAGAGAGAGAGAGAGAGAGAACAGACCCUCCUUUGAAUGGCAUUUCUCUGUUCCCUGUUUCCAUCUGCACCUGCCCAAAGCUGUGAGGCUUGAUAUCACAGAAACAGCUGUGAUGAAAAGAGAUGCAAAGGAAACAGAUGAAGGGGGGUCAGACUAGAUGACCCUUGGAGACCCCUUCCAAGUCUACAAUUCUUUAAUUCUUUGACCUCAGCUUCUUGUUGUUUGUUUUCUGGGAAUCCAAAGGGCUUGUCUCCCCUCUCUGCUUGAAGGCCAUGGUGUUACCACAGAGAUAAGGGCAAUGUUGCACACCCCAAGAAUUUUUAUUUCAGUUGAAUAAUCCAGUGAAACUUGGGUGGGGGUGGCACAAAGUCCUGUUCACAUGCAAAUACCUCUUGUGGUGGCAAAAAACCAGAGAGCAAAAACAUGCACAAGGCACCAGGAUACUGAAUAGAGUUUCUCAGUUCAUUUGCAUGUUCCCUUCCAAGGCUUGUCAUGGGGACUCCAAGGCUUUUGAUUCUAUUCUAUUUUAUUUUAUUUUGUACACAAAACAGAAAGAACAGCUAUAACAGCUGAUGAAAAUCAAAAGGUGGAAAGUCAAAUUCUAAAAUAGGCACAGAGAAUGAGUAGAGUUACUCUAAAGAGUAUCCAUGUUACCUGAAAAUCAAGUCUUGUUCCAGAUUUGCAAGGCUUGUGAGAAGGCUUGUCUUGAAAACGAUGCUUCCAAUGUAUAUGCCAUAAAGGAAUGCUAAAUCCUAUAAAAAGUGUCUGGAGGUUAUAGUCCUUGCUGAAAUUUUCAAAUUACAUGUAAUUUUCCUCCCUUAUAGCUAUAACCCAGAGUAAGUGGUAUAUGUAAAACCGAUUCUUUUGACAAUAUAUCUACAUGGAUAGCCUAAAAAAUAUCCGGUAACAUUGAUUUUGGACAUCAAGCAAUAGUUUCUUCUGCAAUAUUUAUGAAUCCACAGCUCUCGAGGGCACUUUGCGAGGAAAUGUUUGGAGGCAACACUGCUUCUGAAUGCCAGUUCUGGGUUCCACAGGAGGCGAGGGUUGCUCAGAUCCUGCUUGCAGGCUUCCCAUGCAGGCAUCUGGUCAGCCACUGUGAGAACAAGAUGCUGGACCAGAUGGGCCACUGGCCUGAUCCAGCACAGCUCUUCUUUUGUUCUUAUGUUCUCAAGACAAAGGCAUUUCAUCUCGGUUUCCUGACUGUGUGUUCUGGAAGCAUCCAUACUCCCUCAAUUCAUCCCAAAGAGUCGGUUAUAUCUCAUAUCUCUGUUUAAAAGCUAAAUGCUACAAUCAGGGUGGGUAUUACUUUCACCAUGUCCUUGCCGUAGUCCUGCAAUGCAAUCUAGCUGGGGAUGGCUAUCAUGAUAUCAUCAGCUUAUCUGACAUCUCUGUGCCAACAAAAAAAGUGGCUUCUCUCCUCCCUAAGAAAAGCUCAACAACUUUGACCUGAACCCCUCAAAAAGGGGUAGAUCACUGCCAGUUUUUAACUUUGUGAGUAGAUCGCAGUCUCUUGGGAGUUGGCGACCCCUGGUUUAUGGGGAAAUGUGAUGCUAACAACCAAUGCCAAGAUGAAGGUCUAUCAGGCUUGUAGGCUGAGCAUGCUGCUUUAUGGAAGGGAGUCUUGGGUAACUUAUAACCAGGUACAUCAAGUGGUGGGGGCUGAGGGGUCUUCAGCUCCCCCCCCCCCAUUUUUCAAGGAGGGGGCUGGGCUCCCCAAAAUCCCAUGGCCCUGCUCCACCUUCUCCUCCCUGCCAAUGUUGCACAGGGAAGAGGAGCUCCAUGCUCCCUAUUCCCCACCUGGCAUGUGAGUGCCGGCACUGAGGUGGCAGGACCCCCACAUGUCCCAACCUGGAGCAUGAGCACAAGCACAAGUGUGCUAGGUGGGGAUGGGACAUGUCACGUGACAUGUCAUGUGAUGCACCCCUGCAAUGUGGGGGGCAAGUCGGCACCCCUGCUUAUAACUGGUAGGAGCAAUGCCUCAACAACUUCCACAUGCUCUGCAUCAGGAAGAUUUUGGGCAUCAAAUGGUAGGACAGAGUUUGAAACAAAUAUGUGCUCUCCCAAACCCACAUUCCCAGCAUGUUCACACUGCUGUCUAAGCAAUAUCUAUGCUUGCUUGGUCCUGCCCACAGAAUGGAAGGUGGCAGGAUCCCCAAGGACGUGCUCUAUGGGGACAAAUCCUGUCUUACAUAGAUGUCUUCAAACAAGACAUGAAGGCUGGAAACAUCAGCCCUGCCAUGUGGAAAUCCCUUGCACUCAACCACAGUUCCUGGAAACAAACAGUCAGGUUGUGUAUCUACAGCAGUGACCAGAGGAGGAAUUAGCACUGGGAGGAGCACAGGCAGAAGAAACUCCAUGGUGCAUCUCUAACAGUGAAACUAGACACCUUCAUCUUCCCCAGCUGCAACAAAACAUCUCUCUCCCUUAACAGGCUCUACAGCCACAGCAGGCGCUGCAACCUUCCAACAGUUUGACUCCACCCUCAAAGGCAAACUCCUCCAUUGUCUCCCAAGACAGACAGAUGCCCACCAUCUGUCUGCCUGCUUUCAGCUUUCACUGUCUCAAGGACCUUUCUUUGAGCAGGAGUUAAUGUCAUCUUUGGUUGUCUGUGGAAAACAGUCAUGCUCCAUUUUUUCUUUCCCUUUAGCUCAGAAAUCAAAUGGCAAACAAGAUAAUAAACAAGAAAGAUGGUGACAAAUCUGAAGGGAUUGGAGAGAAUGGCAGCACAGACGAUUAA